CAUGAAUUGCUGGGUCUCAGGAGGAUAUGACGUCAGGUAAAGAACUUCCCCUCGUUUACACAAGUAACAGCGGAGAGAGAAAGCAGUGAAGAACAAGAGCUUUUGUGCUUGGGUUUCCAAAGAAAGUCAUCGGUAACGAAUAAGAUAUCUGAUAAUCUACCGAAAAUGGCAGUCGAAGGAGGAAUGAAGUGUGUCAAAUUUCUGCUCUUUAUCUUUAACUUCCUAUUUUGGAUCUGUGGGAUUGCGCUCAUCGUGAUUGGAAUCCUGGUCCAGAUGACCCUCCACAAGACCCUGCUGAUCACCAAUGCGUCUGCCUCGGGCACACCCAUCGUCAUCAUCGCAGUGGGCGUGGUCAUCUUCUUCAUCGCCUUCUUUGGCUGCUGCGGUGCCUGGAAGGAGAGCUACUGCAUGAUCACAACGUUUGCUGUGCUGUUAACCCUCAUCUUCCUGGUGGAGAUUGCCGCAGCCAUCGCUGGGUAUAUCUUCAAAGAUAAGGUGAAAGACGGCUUUAGCACAGCGUUGGAAGACUCCAUGAAGAAGUAUAACCAGAGUGCAGAUUUUAAGAAAGCUGUGGAUACAAUCCAGACUGACUUCCAUUGCUGCGGUUCCCAUAACUACACUGACUGGUUUAUCUACCGACCCAAUUUGACUGUCCCGGACUCCUGCUGCAAGACUCCCAUCCUCAACUGUGGGAACAACGUCACCAGCAGUAAUAUCAACCAACCGGGCUGUGCGGUGACCAUUGAUACCUGGAUCCAGAAGAAUCUUCUCAUUGUGGUGGGAGUGGCGCUGGGAAUUGCCUUCUUCCAGCUCCUGGGCAUCGUGUUUGCCUGUGUGCUGAUGAAAGCUAUCCGCAGCGGUUAUGAAGUGAUGUAACCGCACGCAAACCCACUGCCACAAACCUCCAACAAAAUGAUUCCUCCACUUUAUUUUUUAGCUUCAAAACUCUGAAUGACUGCAAGUGGCACCCCAUUUCUAUUUUUGGGGAUUGCGCUAAUUUCUGUGCUUUACACACACAUAUAUAUUUGUUGUAAGAAUGUAGGAAAAAAAAGAAAGCUUUCACAAAAUCCAGGUGAGAGUCAUUUUCACUCUUGUUUGAUUGUUUCAAAAUCGAAAUCCCGAUUUCUACACUGCCUAUUAAAAUAGUUUAAAAACACACAACUACACUUGCACGCUGACGCACACACACACUGUAGUUGAGUAGUUAGUGCCUAGUUUUAAACACUGAGGUGCACACACACUGUAGUUCUGCAGUGUCUAGUGAAAUGGCUUGAAUUUUCAAAUGUUUAUACAAUAAAUCCUUAAAUGUAAUUUAAAAGUGAUAAUAGGGUUGAAGAGUGGAAAGUUAAAGUGUAAAUACAAUAACUUAUAAGCAAUGUUAUACAUUUGAUGGGUACAAAUGUAUAUUCUUAGGAGACCUAACCCAGGCCACAAAAUUUAGAUUUGUACAAAUGUGAAACUUUAAUAAAAUCACUUUUCAGAUCAUUGUAUUGUGCCAAAACAGUUUAAAUGAACAGCAAACUUUUUGCCAAGCGGAGUUAAUCUCCCCAUGCCAACAUCCUUGGGUAUUUCCUCAGUCAGAUGAGAGUGCAAAGUGGCAAAUGGCAGGCAUCCUGUUUUCAAUGAAGCAGCCUGCCUGUCGCUAUACAAUUCUAACAUGCAUUAGAAGUCCCAUCCCCAUUGAAACCUAUUAGCAGCAGCUCCACUUCUAAUAUCACGGAGAGCAGAUCUCACUCUCAAUGUCAGUGGCAAAGCAUUGGAAACGUUUAAACCACAUCAAGUUCUAUAGAACAGGUUAAGGAAAUUAUCAGGGUUUCAUCUGUGUUUAUUUAGAUUAAGGACUUCUAAUGUGGCGUCCGAUGGCUACCUCUAAUCAAGUUGAGAGUAUACGUUCUCUUUCUCUGAAAGCAGAGUGCAUGAGAAAUACUCUCCACGUGAUUCAAGGAAGCCCCCGAACACUCCUAUACAGUGCACCAGGACCUUAUUGGGAUCAGGCCUGUGCAUGACUGGAGAGCGCUACUCCCAACAGCAGCAGCCGAUUCAUAUGAGAAGCUGGUACAACAUUACCUUUCAAUAGAAUAACGCAUGAAAUGGAGUUGGUGCAGAGAUCAAAUAUUCAUCCUGAUAUCAACUGGAUUUUGUGAAAGCAAUUUGUUUUCGUUUUUAAUUCUCUUAUUAUUUUAGUGAAAUCUAUAGUGUCUGUAUCUACCUUUUGGAGGACAGAACUCCUAUGAGUCUGUACAGUGGUGUCUUUCUAUAUUUUCAUAAAAAAAAAAAAAAAAAUUGUGACAAGUAAGGUUGGUUGACUUCGUCAGAAGUGUAGAAACUGCCGAAGAAGGUCAACCUUCCUCCCUCGUGCCAGCUGAACCCAGAUCAAGCCAGUCCGAUUGCUUGUCCUGGGCUUGAUCCCACAUGGUGGGGUAGUGCCAUUAGGGUGGUACUUUAAUGCCUGCCAACGCAGCAAGGCAAUGUUCCUGAUGAUUUUAUUAUUGUUAUUUUGCCAAGUAACUUUCUAUAAAGCAACAAAACAAAAACAUCCUUUUAUUGUUUUCAUGAAUAAAAUAUAAAUUUUUUAACUUA